UCAGUUGAAUUUGUUCAUUAGAACGAUACAACUCUACAAUUUUUUAUUGAGAAAAAAAACUAAGAUUAAAACUGAGAAAACAAUUCAUUUAAGUUGUAUAUAUAGACGAAUAAUACAAUUUAAAAAAACUUAAGUUGUGUAACCAAUCAAAGCAAGAGAGUACAAAAUGGAUUUCGCUGACGAUUUUGCAACAAAAGAGGAAGUUGACCCAGCAGCAGACUUUUUGGCCCGCGAGCAAUCAGUUCUGGGAGACCUUGAGGCUGAAAUAACGGGAGGAUCUGCCACAAAUGCAGCUACUGCUCUUGCCACUGACGAUGAACUACUUGGCGGUUUAGUGGGAGGCGGUGCCGAACUGGGCAGUGAACUAUCUGCUGCCGUUGGAGGAGGUCUUGAAUCAUCGACGGGCAGCUUCGAAGUAAUUGGUAGCGAGUCAAACGAACCUGUUGGCAUCUCGGGACCACCACCGUCUCGUGAAGAACCCGAGAAAAUCAAAAAGUGGCGUGAAGAGCAGAAGCAACGCCUUGAGGAAAAGGAUCUCGAGGAGGAACGUAAGAAGGAGGAGUUGCGUCAACAGUCCAAAAAGGAACUGGACGACUGGCUUCGACAGAUUGAGGAAUCGCUUUCAAAAACUAAACUAUCUUCGCGUAAUGCCGAAAUUCAAGCCGCUUCAUUGGAGAACGGUGCUAUUGAGCCCGGCACCGAGUGGGAGCACAUUGCCAAGCUCUGCGACUUUAAUCCCAAGGUCAACAAAGCGGGCAAGGACGUCUCACGUAUGCGCUCCAUAUAUCUGCACCUGAAACAGAAUCCCAUUCAACUGCAGAAGAGCUCCUAAAAUAAAAAUAAAGGCAACCGCUGUCAACUGUGAAUUAGGUUUGCACCUAAUAAAACAUUUUGAUUUGGAUCAUUAAAUUCUGAUAAAUACAAUUGCUAUAAAUUCCAAUUAUAUUACAUAUGUAUUAAUUCUAGUAUAUUGCUGCUGAAUAGUUCAGUUAUUUGAUAAUAAUGUUUAUGACUAUACCAUAAAUUACAUGAAUAAUAAAGAGACAUUCACAUAAAAGCACA